AUGUUAAUUAAAUAUUUAUUAUUAAUAGGGAUUUUAAUUUGUAGUUUCAAUAUAGUAUUUAUUAAAUCGGAUCAAUGUUUACAAGUAUUUUCAAAACCUAUUAAAUGUUCACCUAUAAAUCAUGAAUGUGGAGAAAAUGAUGAGUAUGGAGAAAUGUUAUUAUGUAAUGCAAAUCACUAUUGUUCAAAUUCUACAAGUAGUAGUGGAAGAUAUCCAGUAUGUAAAAAGUUACCUGGUCGAGAUGAAAAGUGUGAUCAUCGUAUAGGAUGUCAAUACGGGUAUAUGUGUGCAAGUAGUGGCCAUUGUAAAGAUUUUGGGUAUGGUCAAGUUGGACAAGAGUGUCGAGAUGACAAUCAAUGUUUGGAUGGGUUGUUUUGUAUUUGGAAUGGAACACAACAACAGAUAUGUGGUGCACCUAGUAGUUCUUGUGUAAAUGAUGUUCAAUGUCCAUUUGGACAAUACUGUUCUAGUAAAGAACAAGUAUGUCUUGAUAGACUUGUGGAUUAUCAAGAAUGUGACAGUAAUGAGGAAUCAUCUCCAAAAUGCCAACCAUUCUCUCAUUGUAUGCCAUCUGAUUCGUGGACCAGACAAGAUAUUUCAACAUAUCAAUGUAUUCCAAUGUAUAGUAUUGAUUAA